CUUUGCUAAUUAUUUUGUUUACAAAAAUAAAUGCUGACUCACGGACUGACGCACAAAUGUUUUGAUACCUAGUUGAUAAAUCUAAGCUCCUCAUGAAUCGGUCAUUUUGCUUAGCCGCUGUCUUACUAGCUGAGCAUCCACACAUACCCAUAAUGGUGGGGAGUAAUUUCCCAAUUCUCAAUCAUCAGAAGCUAGUGAAUUUUAAGGAAUUCAGGUUUAAAGAAUCUCCCGUGUAUGCCGAACUGCCGAUAGACGAAAAUCCAGUCUACAAUGAGCCUGUGGCUGUGAAAAAUGCAGUCUUUUCCAAGGUGCCCACCGAACCUUUAACCGGGAAGCUUCACUUAGUGUGUGCGUCAGAGGACUGUCUCACCAACAUCCUCGAUCUGGACCCAGCCUGCGCAGAGACCGAGGAGUUCAUCGACUUCAUUGCUGGGAGGUAUCUGCCUGAUGGAGGACUGACUGUCUGUCACAGGUGA